UGACUACUCCGUUCCACUGGUCUGUCUGUGUGGUGGACGUGGGCAGACAGGGAGAGCAGUAUAUGUUAAAGCCGUUCUUGAGUCCCGUUUCAGUCGUACGACAGCGUCCGCAUGUGCACUUAGCCAUUUCCAAGCUUAACAGUCGACGCUCGCGGUGUUAUCACGGCCGGCGACAUUUCCGUUCUCACGCGACUGAUAAACCGGCCGCUGACUGACUGGCUGGCUGGCGCCAUUUCUGGGCUUGUUACGGGCACGCCGUUAAUUAAUCCUGAGUCGUAGAACGAGACAGCGCUACAGGAAUUAAAUAACAAUGACGGAGCUCCAUCAGGUCGUUAUCACCGCGUUGAGUCUGCUACUCUGCGGCUUUCUCCUCACCGGAAGUCGGCGGCGCUUCAUUUACAUGCUCUACAAAACGCUGCCCAGAGAUAUUCUAGGAGCGUACCGAUUUUUACGAGUUAACAUACAACUUUGGUGGUGGGAGAAGCGCGAAUAUACCGUCGCAAGAGUAUUUUCGCAAUAUGCAACAGCUCAUCCAGAAAAAGUUGCUUACAUCUUCGAGGAUAAGGAAUGGAAAUAUAAAGAGUUGGAGCAAUUCAGUAAUCGUAUAGGACGUUACUUCCGCACGAGGGCAUUUUCACGCAAUGACAGCAUAGCUCUAGUUAUGGAGAGCCGUCCGGAGUAUGUCGGUACCUGGCUGGGUCUCAGCAAGGCCGGCUUCGUCGCGGCUUUGGUCAACACGAAUCUUCGUCACGAGACGCUCUUGCACAGCAUCAACGCUGCUGGCUGCAAAGCCGUCAUCUUUGGCUCUGAACUUAAAGAUGCGAUUCGCGACAUCAAGAGUAAGAUUCCCGAUAUCGAACUUUACCAAUGGUCGGAAUUGGCGGAUACCUCGGUCUUGGAAGGGGCGAUCGACCUCAACACGGAAAUCAGCAGCAUCGAACCCGGACCCCUUGUUGUUGAGCUUGACAUUGGCAGUCCCCGGGACAAAUUGAUUUACAUCUACACGUCUGGUACGACGGGAAUGCCAAAGGCUGCUGUUAUCAAUAAUUUGAGAUACAUGUUAAUAACAUGCGGUGUGAACGCAAUGCUUAAUCUACGUCCGGACGACCGAAUUUACGAUCCUCUGCCUCUUUAUCAUACUGCAGGUGGCAUAAUUGGAGCAGGACAAGCAUUGAUGGGUGGUGUCACUGUCGUGCUCCGUAGACGGUUCAGUGCGUCCAAGUUUUGGUCAGAUUGCGUCCAUUACGAGUGCACUAUAGCGCAAUACAUCGGAGAAAUCUGCCGCUUCCUUCUUACGGUUCCUCCAGGUCAGUACGACAGGGCGCACAAAAUACGCCUUAUGUUCGGAAAUGGCUUGAGGCCACAAAUUUGGGAAUCUUUCGUGAAAAGAUUCGGCGUGAAGCAGAUAGGCGAGUUUUACGGAGCCACCGAGGGAAACUCGAAUCUUGUCAAUAUUGACAAUACAGUUGGUGCCGUUGGUUUCGUGCCAAGAUACGCGAGUGUGUUAUAUCCCGUCGCAUUGUUGAAGGUUGACGACGAGACAGGGGAGCCGUUGAGAGGACCAGACGGAUUCUGCAUACCAUGCAAACCUGGUGAGCCUGGCGUUUUUGUGGGUAAGAUUAAUCCGAAGAAAGCAAUAAACGACUUCAGCGGCUAUGCGGACAAAAAGGCUUCGGAGCAGAAGAUUAUACACGAUGUCUUUAAGAAGGGCGAUCGAGUUUUUAAUUCUGGUGAUAUUCUAAUCAUGGAUGAGUAUGGAUACUUCUUUUUCAAGGACAGGACCGGCGAUACGUUUAGGUGGCGAGGUGAAAACGUUGCUACUUCGGAGGUAGAGGCCAUUGUCAGUAAUGUGAUAGGACUCAAAGACGCAGCUGUAUACGGUGUCGAGGUGCCCGGGAGCGAGGGUAAGGCAGGAAUGGCAGCUAUAUACGAUCCGAACAAUACCUUGGAUCUCAAAGAGUUGGUAGAAGGAUUGAAGAAAUCUUUGCCCUCCUAUGCCAGGCCUCUUUUCAUUCGUGUUUUAUCAGAAUUACCAAUGACCGGUACGUUUAAGCUGAAAAAGAAGGAUCUGCAACAGGAUGCUUUCAAUAUUGAGAAGGUCAAAGAUCCAGUUUAUUUUCUUAACAAGGACUCCUACGUGAGGAUGACUGACGAACUCUACAACGAUAUCAAACAAGGGAAAAUCCGGUUGUAAUUUCCUAUUUUACAACUUGUCCGCACGAUUAUUGUUCUUCCGUGAAUGAACUUCUUUUUAACAAAAGAUGUUGCAACACGUUUAACAUAAUGUUCCAUAAAUUUUCAAUGGUUAGGGCGUGUUAGACAGUCAGCAAACAUUAUUUUUGUGGACCAAUAGACUAUCAUGCAUGUCUUCUUUUGCAAAUGUUGUGCCUGUGCGCGAAAUAUAUAUUGUUUAGAAGCGACAGGUUUGCCGUUAAAGCAGUAAUUGAUAUUUCGUUAUUUACAGAUUAUUCAUAAUAGUAAAUUUACGUGACAAUAACGAUACAUUUGAGCGUAUUGCGCAAAUACAGCAAAAUGCUAUCUUUCAAUAUUGUUGCACAAAUGAAAAAACAUGAUCAAUUGAUACGAUCAGACACGGAGAAAUUUUAUAUCCGAAAUUAUUCUAAAAAAAUGUAUAUACUGUUAUUUUAUUUCACAUCAAGUGUAACAUUUAAAUCGCUUUAAUUCGUAUUAGUAAAAAUUUAAUGAUAAAUUUGUUAUAUUGAAUUGUAAAAAGGUGUUUACAAUUCGUGUAAAUUCAACCAUUGUAAUAGAUAUCAAAGAAAAUUAACAACAUAUUGUAAUUUGUCGAUUUGAAAUCGUAUAGAUUUUAUCGUACAUCGUGUUAACUUCUUGAGCUUUAAUUUAACUUAUUUUGUUAAGAUUUACGUGCGCUGCUGUCAAUAAGCAAGAAUAGGCUUUAUUUUAAAACAUCGAAAAUUUGUACAAAGUCAUUGUCGCUGUCAUUGAUAUUUUACUUCUCUUAAUCUUGUAGGACCUAUUUUUUGAGCGUAUAAUUGUAAUUUUGAUAUAAUUUAUGUACUAAGUGUAUAUGGCUUUAUUUUAAAACAUCUUCUCAGAUUAAACUGUAGUUUUUAUAUUUACAAGAUUCGGAAUUUGGCACGUGCGUUAAAUUUUUGAGAAAUAGAUACUCGCAGUUUUCCUGUUUGUCAAUAGGUUAGCUUACUUUAUGGCCACCCAGUGUAUAGGCUAUACCUGGGAGGAGAUGAUUUCGUUUCCUGCGCAAUCUCCAGUGCGUUCCAGUGAUUCUCAUCGCACGAGAUUAGUUACAUAUAUAUAUUUUUUUCUACUGAAAAUCAAACGAAAAAAUAGUUCGAUGUAAAAUUUCUGAUCCGCACAUUGUUAUCCUUGUACCAUUAAUUAUAAUAACAUCUUCCGGCUUCUGCGAAGAAUACAUGUACACAUACAUAUAUAUUUAGGGAAAUACUUUACAGAACUGUUGAUUUCUAUUUUUGUAAAAUGUAUGACUGUUACAUAAAUAAAAAAGUUUAUUAUAAC